AUGCUUGAAUCCAUUCCGCUGUUUUUGCUGGGUUUAGUUCUGGGUAUUGUAGCUCUUCCACUUGCAUUCUUGCUUUACAGGUGGCUGCAGGGUUUAACUACCGAGCAAGAGUACAAGCCCUUGGAGCAAGUUACCCCACACGCAGCCACUAUUCAUCCUUUGCAAUGCUCUGCAUGUCAGCAUCCAGCCAUUCAUAUCAAAUCUGAAGACCAGUGCUGUGCACGCAACCAUUCUGCCGAUCCCAACAAAUAUUUUUAUUCUGCUCAUCCAUAUCAACAUCGACAUGCUGACGAUCCAUCGUCACCCACUCCACCCAUAUCUGAAGACCCUAUUGUCACUGCCUUCCGUCAAUGCGUGUAUUCUGUGCUGCAUAUUCAAGCCUUCAACCCCGAAACCCUUCCAGCUUGGCCCUCAGCCUGGCCAGCCCUAUUUUCUACAGGGGCAAUUGAGGCUCUUGCUGUCCAGAUGCAAAAGCAGUCUUUACAGCAUCAACUCAUUCCAUCUCAGUCACACCCAAAUUGCUCGCAUACCCGAUCUCUCUCAAACGAUCAUGGAAAGGUAAAGGCAGGCAUCUCGCCAUCACGAACUCCAACUCUACUUACUUCCAUCUCUUCAUCCAUGGCAGCUUCUCACAACUAUGGCACUAUUUCGUCGUAUAAAACCACCCACAAUUCAUCAUCUGUUGCUUCUGUAUUAUUUGAAGAAAAUGUUGAAUCUUCACCUCAGACCCCAUUAAACUCGCCUAUUCAUAGUGAAAGUCCCAGUAAGCAUAUUCUUAUUGGAAAGCAUCGGUUAAAUUCUCUUUCGGUCGGUAUCCCCAAAUUGAGUUCUCAAAAACAUUCCAAUCGGAAAAUAUCUUCUGAUAAUCUAUCCAACCUGGCACCUUUGACAUCUGUAGCAGCCACACCUAUUCUCAAUGCCACGAGCAACCAGCUUACUUUCUGCAACGCUGCAACGGACACCAUCUCCAACCAGCCAAUCUCUCCUACAGCUUUAUCACCAACGCAUUUACCAUUAAAAGUUGUUCCUAUCCAGCCUUCCAGACGUAGAUUGGCUAUUGAUCGAGGAUCUAUCAAAUCUGCACCCAAAGCAUAUUCUAGAAGUCACCGAUUUAAACCAUUUGAUCCUGGUAGACACGGCGCACCAAAAUCUACACUACAUCGACCUUUUACAGGCGAUCGUCAAAAAAUCGAUGGUCUCAAACGCUACCACUAUGCAUUUGACAGUUCCCAUGAAUGGACUAUUCCACACUAUGGACAGGUUAAAUUCACAGAUCACUCUCCAAUGGUGUUUUCUGCUAUUCGCGACUACUUUGGGUAUUCCCUUGCUGAGCUUGAAAUGGAUCUGACUGCUCCACUUUCUAUGAGUUCGUCUACAGGAAAGUCAGAUGCUGUGUUUCUACGAAGCAAGUCUGGCCGAUUUUUGUUCAAAUCACUUCGAGGUUCAGAAGCCGACAAUCUGAAAGCGUUUCUUCCAAGCUAUGUUUCAUUUAUUAUUGAUAAUCCCGAUACACUUCUUCCUCGGUAUCUAGGAAUGUAUACGUUUGAUCCACCAAGUCGUCGACCCAGUACCAUAUCCUAUACAAACUCUACACAUCAUGCCACCAACAGUGAUCGAAGCAGUAUAGGCUCUAUUUCAAGCAAUACUGUUUUGCUUCCUACGGCUCUACAAGGAAAAUGCACGUUUGUGAUGAUGCCCAACGUGUUUGACACAAUGCUGCCUAUUGAUUUCAAAUACGACUUCAAGGGAUCAACUGUUGGACGUCAAACUCUUAGACGUGAUGAGCUGUUGGAAUUGUUCAAUCAUGAAAAAUCCAUCCAUCAUGACCAGCAAAAUUAUGGCUUAAAUCCCAACACUGGUGUUCAUUCAAAGAAAUUGGUGCAAUCAAAGGAAAUUACAUUCAAAGAACUUGAUUUCAGUAGAUUGCUUGGAGAAGGAAUUGUCAAUCUGAUUCAUUUGGGGGCUGAGCGUCGCGACUGGCUUGUGGAUCGUUUAACCAAGGACACUGCAUUAUUGAAGCGACACGAAUUUAUGGAUUAUAGUCUGUUAAUUGGUGUUCAUGUCUAUUUAAACGAUCCUAUCCCCCAUGCCUGUGCUACGGGCGUUCCUAUUCUUUCCGAUUCCAAUAGUGCGGCAGCAGGCAUGUCCAUAUCACCUGCAGUUUCAAUACUAAGCAGUACAGUAUCUCAAUUGAAUGGUUCAAAAGCAGGAUCCAAACCAACCCAACCGUAUCUUUCAGCAUUUCAAACCAUUGCAAACUUAGUUCGAGGCACUUCACCUGAAAUUUCAAGCAUGUCUGCAUCUCCAUCUGGUCAGUGCAGUAUUUCUAUUGGCGAUACAGAUGAUGAUGAUGAACAUCCGAGUCAAAAAUUUAAUGAGCAUGUGCAUUCAAAAUAUGAGCAGCCAUUUACAUCCAUGAAUGAGCCAUACCCAUAUGCAACGCAUUCAUGCAAGCCACCGCAAACUCAUUGCAACACUAUAACACAUACAGAUUUCCACGGAGGUAUGAGAUCUGUUGGGCAAGAUGAAGUCUAUUACUUUGGGCUUAUUGAUGCAUUGCAAAAAUACAAUUAUUUCAAAUGGGUGGAGCGUAAUCUUAAAAAACAGACUAGCCAAAUCAUUCAUGGUCCAACUGCCUUGACAUCAAUGUUUUCUGGAUCGUCCUCUAUGAAUGGAGGAAACUUUAAAGGGCCGUCAUUAAAUGUCAUGACUACACCACCCACGUCGCCUUCACCAUUGACUGGCACUUCACAGAAUGGAUCCCUUGCUCCACCACUGGAUAGAGUCUACAAAUCAUCUGGUCAUACGCGAUCUCGUAGUGCUACCAUGUUGAGCCGACAUGUGUCGCCCUACCUAAAAAGUAAAACUGAUGCCAGUGUAAAUCCAGGAUCACUCACAGUUCCAGGAAAGUCGUCUUCAAAUACUGGAUAUUAUGAAGCACUGACAUCACCAACAAAAAUUAAAAACCAUGAGUUUCCGCUCAGUCCACCCCAAUUGGAUACACAACACCUUGCUGCAUUUCCAGCCAAAAAACGGCAUUCGAUUUCACUUAAAGACGUGCCUGAACAACCAGAAAGUGAUGAUGCAGGUCAUAUCGAAGAAAAAAACUCGACAUCACAAUCCAUUGAUGAUCACACUUUAUCCUCACGGCCGGCUGCUUUAAACGAAGAGACUAUACCCAUGUUUCAAAAUCGACAUAUUACAUUCCCGGCUGUUACUACUUUGACCACCAUGCCGGAAAACAGUGUCGAAGAACCUGGUCGAUAUGCAUCUCGUCUUGUUGAUUUUAUUGGCGGAAUUGUCGUAUAA